GUAAAUGCUCAUUGCUCAAAGCCAAGAUCUGUGUCCAUAUGUUGUGAAUUUGCGAUUUGUGUAAAUUAACCUACAAAACAUUAAAUUUAGUACAUUUCUAUACAAUUUUUAAUUUAUUAUUGCGGUAUGUCUUUCAAUUUAUAAAACGUCUGUAUUGUUAAAGAUUUGAAAAAUGGGGAGAGCUGUAUUGUGUGAAGAAAAACUACUUGGAGAUCUCAUCAAGUUGUCUAAAACUCAUGAAUUCACGUCUGGGUUAAUUCUUGGGCAGAGCUCCGGCACAAAAGAUUUUGUGAUUCACUUGGCUAGAACACCAUUGCAAUUAUCCAAUGAAUCCGAUGUAAGAGACAACUCAACACCAAGAGAGAGCUCAAGAGCUUUGAACAAUGUUACAGACAUCGUAGAGAAGGAGCUUGUUGAGCAUGCGAAGCAGGUUGAAAACUAUAAUAAUAUUGAUUUUUAUUAUAACUUGGCGUAUUCAGACUAUAUAAAUCUUAGUAGUAAGUGCAAUUUCUUAGUCACGACUAUUAGGCCUACUUCUUUUUUUCAGAGCUCCGGCACAAAAGAUUUUGUGAUUCACUUGGCUAGAACACCAUUGCAAUUAUCCAAUGAAUCCGAUGUAAGAGACAACUCAACACCAAGAGAGAGCUCAAGAGCUUUGAACAAUGUUACAGACAUCGUAGAGAAGGAGCUUGUUGAGCAUGCGAAGCAGGUGACUUGGAUGCUGCCUGGUGGCAUGUGGAUACUCGGAGUUUUCACUAUCGGCCCAGGAGAUUUGUUCAGUGACGCCUUAGCUCAGUCCGAACUCAAAUCUGUGCUCACUAAAUUGUCCAAAUGUCUCUCAGUCGACAAUUACAAAUACGGCAAUAGUCCUUCCACUGAAAAGUUGGCAUUCCAUCUCAACUCGGAAUCAAAAAAAUACUGUUGUAGGGGCUUGGACUUGUGCCAACCUCAGGCAUCGCAAACAUUCCGUCCAGUGGACUGGAAAUUCCAAUCGAACUGUACAAAGUGGCUUCAGCUGGACUGUCACUUCGAUUUUGAACAGCUCUCGCCUUACAUCAUAACUGACAGCAACUCGGCACUCAUGAUUAAGAAACAUUUGAAGGAAAUCUUGGAUCAGGCAAGCAUCAUGGUCAGCAAGGCAGUUUGUACGAUUGACGGUGAAAUAAGGAAUGGCACAGACAGCUUGGAAGUCACUGACAAGAAAAAGAAAGGAAAAUCAUCUGGAAACAAGAGUUCGAAAGAAGAGAAAACGUUUGAAGUCAACCUGUAUUUCCAGAAUGUGAGUCCAGAGAAUUGUUUCAAAGAGCGCUACCAGGAGUAUUCGCCAAUAAAUGUUUUCGAAGGAUUCUCCAGAUAUGGUGGCCCAAUAGAAUGUCCAAUGCAGAACUGUUGCAGAAGACCAACCAAGAGCCCCUGCACAUUACCAUCCGGAGGAGGAAGUGGGGAUGGAUGGAUCGCACACACACUGCGCAGACGCAGACCACCGGCUGACAUUCAAAGAAAGGCUUUGCAAUGGAACCCUGCUGGCAGAAGGAGAAGGGGACGACCCCGUGAUACAUGGAGAAGAGGUGUGCCCAAGGAACUGAAGGAUGCGGGAAAGGAAUGGCGAGAGAUGAAGGUUCUAGCUCAGAACCGUGCGAUCAAAGAAGAUAUCAUGAGAUCACUCUCAUCCAGAUUAGAAAUGCACUGGGAUACACUUGUUGAUGAUGAAGUUGGAUCACCUGAUGAACGUGUUGUACUCCAUGAGCCGCCACGGAGAGUUCUCAUUCCAUUGCCAUAUUGCAAAGUGGCCCUGAGCGACUACUUGUUCCCCGGUGAAGACGCGUCUGAAACUCUGGACUCUCUGCAGCUUCUUCUCGGCUUGAAAUUGGCUGAGUCAUCACUUUUGAAGGAUUUUGAAGGGCAGUCUGAUCCGAACCAAUUUUACGAAUUGACCAGAAACGCAUCGUUAUCUGGGGACAAUGGGUCGCAAAAACCCACUUUCAACUCACAACUCAUCAUCAGUGGAAUGAUCAUUGCAGCAUUAGUCAUGCUCAUAUCAAUCUUCAUACAACUCUCGGGCUGGCCCCGUUCCUGAGAACUGCAACUAUAUUAUUUGUCAUCUAGUUAACACUGAGCGAUAUUCAGUAAUAUUCUGAUAUAGCUUUAAUGGGAACGGAAUGAAUGAUUGAAUUUUUCUAUGUUUAUAUGGAUCGAGAAUGCUACGGGCUUAGUCACUUUUUCUUCCAUCAAUAGUCAUGUAUUCCACAAAUUUGAACAUCAUCUUUAUAAUUUAUCAAGUGAUCAAAUGUUACUCCUACUCUUCUUUUCACUUAUUAUGUAUCUUAUACCUAUGCAUUUAUGUUAAUAAUAGUUUAAAUUGUUUUUUAAAUGUUAAGAAGAAUGUUGAAACUUGAAGGUGUGGAGUUGUACUAUGACAUUAUGGAAAUGAAAAAGCCAUCCAUUAUAAUGAGUUGCACAACUCCAUAAAUAAGUCUUUUUAUCAAAAGGUGAUGAUUCAAUAAUCUAUCUACCAUAGAUAUUGUUCUCGAAUCUUAUUAGUUAUUAUUUUCAAUUAUUAUUAGUAGAAUUAUGUCUCUCAAUUUUGUCGCAACAUCGAUAUUAUUCUAAAUACACGACUGCAUCAUAAUAUUAUAAAGAGUAAUGAAUAGUUCUCUCACAACUUGAUUAAGCAUUCCAAUUGAUCAGUAUUCCAAUCACUGGACGAUAUAUUUCACUCAUGAAUUCUGUUACUGAUAUUUUUGAAAAAUUUCAACUUUAGUUUCAGUAAGUAAAGGUGAUAAUGGAAUGAAAAAUAUUGUAUGAAUGAAUACAAAAAUUUUCUUUGUAAUAAAGCAAGAAAAUUCAGGAUGCAUUAAAUAUAGAAAUCAUACAUCGCUAAAAUAUAUAUUGUAUCUGCAUAAAAUAAUAUUGUAUUGCUUUGAUUUCUAUCAAAUAUGCUGGAUUUAAAAAGGUUUUAAUGUAAUAAAUAGGUUGAAGGAAUUUCAAAUGAAUGUACUGAGCGUUUCUUGAAUUUUGAUGUCUGAUUGUCAAAUAUUUUUAUAUUUUAUCAGUGUUAUGAAUAAAACAAUAAAAACCACA